GACAACAACAACCCUCCAAGGUGGCCAGGGACGGCAGAGGCCAUGGUCCAACCUCAGGUCAUCCACCCGAAUGUCGAAGUCAAUGAUAUAACGAGGCAAUUUCGCAGUGCUGUGUCAACACUCCUACCAGGCGCACUGGUUAAAGAUGAGCACUUCACCCUGUUUGAGGCCGUCAGCGCCUUGGAGAUUGGAGACCCGAAGAUGGACAGCGGCUCAGUGGCCUUUGACCCAGAUACUGAAGCCGAGUUCGACUUUGCAGCGACAAGUUCCCCCGAAGAAAUCCUAUGGCUGAUGGACGAGCUGUCCUGUCGCGAGGUCGCCUGGCACAAGGGCCAUCCAUUGUCUCAGACGCUCUUCACUUCGUUACAUAUCGAGCGCCUUUUAUGGCCGGAACCGAAGCGACUUGCUGAUGCCCGAUUCUUCCGCGAACAUUCACCGGCGAUCCCUUCGUCUUCCUUGCUUGAAAACGUCUUCCGGCCGUUUUGCCUGGGAAUGAUCAAGGCCUGUGAUCUUGUUCUCGAAAUGGUCAUGGGUUCACAUUACUACGAGGAAGAGGACUUUGCAACCCAGAUUUUCAAUACACCACUGCUCCACAUAUUCCAAGUGGAUGAAAUUCUGAGCGAGUUGCAGAGAGCCAAGCUGUUUCUGACGCAAAGCGAACUGGGCAGCGACGUGAGAACGGCAUUACUGGCACGAAUAGAGGUUAGAGGCUCCUUUCUCGAACUUCUCCGGACCUCUUCGACCUGCGAGCGUCCAACUGCGGCUCUUAUCAACCGAUGCAUCUCCCUUCUCGGUGAGAUCGAGGCCACCACCGACCUCGGCCGGUGCGUUACCGUUGAAGCUUUCACGCCCAAAACCCAGCGCAAACUCGCGAGUAGCGUCCCUCCCCGUCCUAUGGUCGCCAUUGCCCGCGCCGACGCCUUUCCCUUCUUCCGCCGCCUCAUAAGUGGCAUAUACACCGCAUUCAAUCUCCUCGACGUCUCAUUCAGCGCCGAUCUCCUCAUCGCAUACCACCACUUUAUGGCCCAAGAGAACCAACCGGCCGUUUACGUCCGUUCCCUGGUCCAGUCGUUCCUGUACCUGGACAACUCCGUCCUGGGACACUCGACCCCCAAGGAAUUCAUCUUGCAAGACUUGCGCACGCUGGUCUUCCCCGUCCACCCUCUCCUCUGCAACUCCCCCAGCGAGAUAUUCACCGACCGACAAUUCGACGCCGCCACCCAAUUCGACAUCUUCAUCGAACGCACCGCCGACUCGUUUCUGAACCUCUUUCGCGCCUUUUGUCUCAACCGGCCCCGAGUGCGUCGCACCAUGUGCCACGCCGUGCUGGAGUGGGACCAAAUCCAGCUCGAGGCCGAGGAUCUCGAUGGCCAGAUCCAAAGCGCCUUUGACGAGCGACCCAUCCCCUACACCGAGUCCGGUGACGACGAACCAACCUUCUCCUACAGCCUCAGCAGCUGGGUGUACCACUACAAACUCAUCCAGCUCCGCACCAUCGUGCAGAUGGGCUUCGAAUUGUCCAUCUACGCCCCUCACGAGUUCAAGCUCAUGUACUGGUACUUGUCCUUUUUGUGCAGUACUCACAUGCACCACCUGGAACGAAUCAGUCACUUUGUGUCGUCGUCGUCGUCAUCCAAAUCGUCACAGCACCAGCAACAACCACAACGCCAAGAGGCCGUCAAAAAGACCCUGAGCCGCCUCUACAGACUCUUCACUUGGCUCAAAGCCACAGACUCCCUCGCAAAGUCUCUCCACCGGGUCUUUGUCAUCCUCGAGCGGCACAAGUUGCUCGUCAAACCCAGAUUUCCUUACUCGUCGGACGAACUGAGGUACGAAGUACGCAUGCGGCCGUUUCGACAGCUGUCCAUCCCGCAACCCAUCGGUGAGGACGUGGCGCGACAAGCCUCCUCCCUCGACGGGCUCGGCGACCAGGAAGUUCUCGACCAGGCCGCGGCGAUGAACCAAGUCUCCAGACGUGCUUGGGAAGAAGUUUUGAAGCAGUCUUGGCACUCGGAACCGUUGUUGCGUCCAUCGUCGUCGUCGUCAUCACAACAACAACAACAACAACAACAACAACAACAACAACAACAACAACAACAACAACAACAACAACAACAACAAGGCGCGCCACGGUCAGAAAAUCUUUCGGAAGACGUGGUGGAACAGGAAUGGACCAAAGACGUCAAGAACGGUAUGAAGUCGUGCAUCGGCACCGGCAUCGCCAUCAGCACCUUGACCAAAGCCCUCGAGGGUGGCGGCACCGUCAUUGACCCGGCGAGGAUCAAGGUGGAUUUCCCCGUCGUGGGCGAGCGCGAGAGGUGGCACGUCGCUUGGGUGGUUCCCAAGAUUAGGUCGGUGGUUCCUUCUUGAACAAAGUGGAUGACCCAACGAUGCCUGAGAAUGACC